UCUAUACAGCCAGAGAAUCGCUUUCAUCCACACAGGGAAAGUGCUCCUACCACGGCUUGAAAGCUUAGUUCAAUACUGUGUCGGACUUUUAACAAAUUGUUCUUGACUGACUGAGGAGUUUUACAAAUGAUGGGCGUUUUACGAAUCGGUGUGGUUGCGCUGGUAGCGGUGAUUCUGGAGGUACCCGGCAGGUUGACGCUCGGGGGGAAAGUGUCGCAGCCCAUGGCGUUACGGAUCGCCGCUCCGCCCAUGACGUUCAGAGUGUCGCCAAAGUGUUUGAAUUUCACCCGUGGCAACUAUCAGAAGAUGGCGUUUUACAGUCCAGGAUACCCCAACAAAUACACAAACGACACGGACUGUGUCUUGUACCUGGAAGCGCCACAACACUUCAAGAUUCAGCUCGACUUCAGGGACGUCUUCAAGAUCGAAAAGUCCGAGAACUGCAAGUACGACUACCUCGAGGUGCGCGACGGCCCCUUUGCCUACUCGCCCCUAAUAGACCGCUUCUGCGGGGACGACUUCCCCCCGCUUGUGUCCUCCACCUCGCGCUUCCUCUGGAUGAGGUUCAAAUCUGAUGACCUAAUUCAGGACGAGGGGUUCAAGGCCAUUUACUCCUAUAUCAAAGACACAACUCAGAAUGAUGGGAAUGUGUUUAGCGAAGCCCCGGCUCCUGUGUGUCGCCAGUUCUUGGAAGUGUCCCCGUCCCAGCCCAACGGCGUCCUGUCCUCAUCCCGUCUGGGGCACGAGAUCACGUCAUACCAAGUGCCACGCCCUUAUGACUGCACGUGGGAGCUCCACACGGACAAGAGAUACGGGAUCUACGUGCGGACACAUAAUCUGACAAUGCGUCGUCCCCAACGCUGUGACCAGAACUACAUCGCCUUGUACAAGCGUACUACACUGGACAAGACGAAGUAUGUACAAUAUUGUGCCGGACCCAAGGCGGAGAUGAAGACAAAGGAAAACAGGGUGUUUGUCCGGCUGUACGGCAAGACCCCCGCGAACCGACCGGACGUAGAGAUGGUCUACACUAUAUACAAACAUGGUGUGAAGGUGUGCUCAUCUGAGGAGUUCAGUUGUGGAGAGAUGUGUCUCCCUCGCAGCCUCCUCUGUAACGGCAUCCCCAACUGCCCCGCCGAGGAGGACGAGAACAACUGUGCCGGAAAGGAGGUGGCUUCGUCCGGAACGACGCUUCCCCUCCACGCUAUCAUCGCGGGAAGCAUUGGGGGAGUCCUGCUGACCGCCAUCAUCAUUGGAGUAUGCGUAUCGUGCCACUACAAACGCCGGGACAAGCGCAACGAAAAAGAGCUCAACAAGAAGAUGCAGCAGAGGAAUGCCCUGGAGAUGGCCGUGUCCAACUCCUCCACAACCACCUACUCCUUGUCCAGACAGGGCGGCCCGGGGGCCGGGUCCAGCCCCGCGUCCCACCACCCCCAGCUCUCACCCCGCAGCAAGGACAACACCCACCGGUACAGCCUCGGCAGCUCCAUCCAACACUCCUCCGAGGGGGACCCUGCGGAAACUAUGUCCGACGUCAGCAACUACAAACGUUUCCUGACAAUGGAGAUGACCCCGGACGAAGAGUCCAGCCCCUGCCCAUCCCUCUACAGUCAGACGGGCGUGGUCACAGUGGAGCGGCACCCAGCGUUGGAAACCCCUUACCCCCGCUUCACGUCCAAUGCCUGGCGGCCAGAGGACCCCAUGCUUUACCCCUACACAAGCUUAAAGAAACCCCCACAGUUCAACGUCACCAAACCAUUCUCAUAUAGCCCCGAAAGCAAGUACAUCACAAGCGUACCCUCUUUAAAAUAUACAAAUAAUGAUAUUCGGCCCGAAAAUUAAUUUUUCAAUUUUCAAACAGUUUUCAACCUUUCUGUGUCUUUCAUUGUAAAUGACAUCAUGUUUUUCAAAUGACAUUAAGUGUUUUUUAAUGAUGUUUGUAUCAUUGGCCUUUGCCAAUCACAAGAUGUACAUAUUACGUACCGAGAAUCGUGUUCCCCUGUCACAUCAACCGAUGUAAUUAUAUUCAGUACGGGUUAACAUUCGGAGCUUAUCGCUUCACGGCCUUUGUAUGAUCAUAUUUAUGUGUCAUUUUUGUAAAUAAACAGAAAAAAAAUU